UUCUACUCACAACAUCUAGCCUUACUAGUUACUACCAAAAAUAGUCUACUGCCUCCAACAGCUACAAUGACAAAACUCCUUUUGCUCUUUAAUUUUUUAUUUUCACUUGGAUUGAUGAGAAUGGGAAGUGGUGCUCCUGCAUCAAUUUCUCCAGAAGCUUACUGGAAACUUAAGUUGCCAAACACUCUCAUGCCACAAAUUAUCAAACAGACUUUGGCUUCAGCUGGACUACCCAUAAGUGUCCCUCGUAAAGCACUUCAACCAAAUACGAAAGACUCAUUAUCAACUGUUAAAGGGUACGAUGGCCUUUUGUCUUACAAAAAUAACAAGGGAUUGCAAUCUAUUAACAGUUAUGGUGGCUUGCUAGCUUACAGUAAAAAGGGCUUACAAUCUAGUUAUGGCGGCUUGUUAGCUUACAGUAAAAAGGGCUUGCAAUCUAGUUAUGGCGGCUUGUUAGCUUACAGUAAGAAGGACUUGCAAUCUACCAACAGUUAUGGUGGCCUGUUAGCUUACAGUAAGAAGGGCUUGCAAUCUACCAACAGUUAUGGCGGCUUGUUAGCUUACAGUAAGAAGGGCUUGCAAUCUACCAACAGUUAUGGCGGCUUGUUAGCUUACAGUAAAAAGGACUUGCAAUCUACUAAUAGUUAUGGCGGCUUGUUAGCUUACAGUAAGAAGGGCUUGCAAUCUACCACCGGUUAUGGCGGCUUGUUAGCUUACAGUAAAAAGGGCUUGCAAUCAACUAAUAGUUAUACGUUUUCUUACAAAGACAAGCAUGAUGAUGUCAAAGAAUCCGUCCAUGUAGAUGAAAGUAGUAGUUUAAAAAAAGAUCAGGUUUUCUUUGUUGAAAAAGACCUUCAUAUAGGUACAACAAUGACUUUACACUUUCAAAAGAGUACAAGAAAUGGUCUUUUGUUACCUCGUCAAGUGUCCAACCAAAUUCCCUUCUCAUCAGAAAAAUUGCAAGAAACUCUUCAAAUUCUUUCCAUAGAUCCUAAAUCAAAUGAGGCGAAUGUGUUAGCGCAUCGAAUCGAGCUUUGUGAACUACCAACUAUUGAAGGAGUUGAGAAAAAAUGUGUGACAUCACUCGAGUCCAUGAUCGACUAUGUAGCUUCCAUGAUUGGUACAAAUGUGGAAGCGCUUACAACCGAAGUAAUUAAAGAAUCAAAGAUGGAGUUCACAAUCAAAGGGGUAAAAAAGAUUGCGAAAAAUGAUCAUGAGAUAGUUAUUUGCCAUAAGAUGGGCUAUCCCUACGCGGUUUAUUUCUGUCACAGGACCAAGACUUUAAGGUCUUAUAGGGCAACCUUAUUAGGGAAAGACAGUACUCAAAUUGAAGCAAUUGUUGCAUGUCACAAAGAAACAAAUGAUUUCUUAGAUAAUUACGCAAAAAAUGUUCUUAAAAUCAUUCCAGGAAGUACCCAUAUUUGCCAUUUCCCUCCAGCUGAGGAUACCAUUUUCUGGGUUCCCAAGUAAACAAAUUAAGUUAAACCUGCUUGUUGUUUAGCAUUGUAACUUUCUUUGUAAUUUGAAAAAUAAGUUGUGAUGACCCUUUGUAGUUCCUAAUGUACCAACUGGGAUUUCUGUAAGCGUCUAGCUCAUUGAGUUAUGCAGUAACAUGUUACUUUGACG